AUGUCUAACGAAGAAAAUAUAGUUAAGCUAUUAUCUCUUAUGAGUGAUGAUAUUUAUGAAAUCAAACAAAUCUGUUUAAAAGCUCGAUAUAAUAAAUCGAUCAAAAAUGCCUUUAUUGAGUUAAUAUUACUUUCGGCAGAGCCAAUUGUGAAACUAUAUUUAUUACAAUAUCAGAAAGAAGGUCAAGAAGAUGGCUUGUAUUUUAAUUUAGAAUAUCUUAAGUUAGAGGAUCUAAACUCACUUGAGAAAUUUAAAAAUUCUUUGACAAACAUCAAAGAAUUUGCCAAAUUUGUGACGCAAAUUCAUGGUUCUAUAAAAUAUAAAGAUUCAUCGAGUAUAAAACGAAAUUUCGAACAAAUUAUAGAAGAUUAUAGGACUUAUGCGAAAGAUUUGAAUCCGAAGCUUCCAAUGGCUAAUAUUAACGAGCAAGAAUGUUUAAAGGACGAAGAAAUAGAUGAUUUUAUCGAGAAACAAUCUUUAAUAGUGAAUAAAAAAUUAAACAAUGGUCUGAUUAUUUGCGACCGAGGAAUAAAUUCAGUAUAUGAAUUCGAAGUUCAAUUCCAAAUUAAUAUUAAUCCUAUAAGUCACAAUGCUGGAGAAUUCUGUGUAAAUUUAGUACCUAUUAAAGAACGAAGGGAUAUUUUAUUAAAAUAUCAUAUUAAGCCAUCUGCAAUUAGCUUUGAGAAUUUUCAAUUUAUUCCAAAUCAUCUUGCAAAUGAACGUCAAAAUGCCAAUCUUGAAAUACAGUACCCUUUAUGGGAAUUAGUUUUCGAGAUUGAAAAUAUAGCAAUUCCUAAAAAAUUGAUCAAAGACAUUAAUGAUGCUUUGGAAUGCAAUAAUCCCAUCAUGAAUUAA